GGCAACCGCCGGCGGUGGCGGCUGGAGCGCUGCCUCAUUCCCCUCCGGGCCGGGAGGCACGAACGUCCAGCCUGUCUGUCCCAGAGCUGCUGUGCGGCAGUCCGAGGGGAAGCGUGGCUCGGCCUGCUGCGCAGCCAUGGUGCGGCUGACCACGGACCUCAUCGCCAGGUGCCUCGGCCACAGGAACCGCAGGGAGGAGGACCUGGGACAGCACCUGCGAAAAAUAACUCAUCUGAAUUUGUCAGAUAAAAAUCUAGAUGCAAUCGGUGACAUCUCGCUGUGCAGAAACCUUAGAGUUUUGUAUUUAUAUGAUAACCAAAUCAGUCAAAUCCAGAACUUGGGCUUUGCUUCACAUUUAACACACCUUUACCUGCAGAACAACUGCAUUUCAUGCAUAGAAAACCUCUCAUCACUGAAAAAACUCGAAAAACUGUACCUGGGAGGCAACUCUAUCGCUGUAGUAGAGGGUUUGGAUCAAUUACAAGAAAUAAGGGAGCUACACAUUGAAAGUCAGCACCUCCCUCUUGGCGAAAAGCUUCUCUUUGAUCCAGGAUCCCUUAGGUCCUUGGCAAAAUCUCUGUCUGUGUUGAAUAUUAGCAAUAACAACAUUGAUGAAUUAGAAGAACUGGCAGUUCUGGAAAAUCUUUCUCAUCUUAGAGCAGCUGACAAUCAACUUCAGCAUAUGAAGGAUUUGGAGGUUGUGUUAAACAAAUGGACAAAGCUAUGCAGCAUGGAUCUUACAGGAAACCCCAUCUGCCACAAACCAAAGUACAGGGACAGGAUUGUUGUACAGUCACAAACUUUAGAAUACCUUGAUGGGAAAGAAAUUAAAGACAUGGAAAGAGUGUUCCUAAUGAAUUGGAAAGCCUCCAGAGCUGUCAGGAAAAAAAGCAAAGGAAGAAUGACAAAUGAGCAUGCAGACUAUCUACAUUUUUCAGCUGGCUUUGAAACACCUCGUCCUAUUCUUCCUUCCAACUACAGUCCAUCUCUGACAGAGAAAACAAAUAUUUUAAUUCUGCCUGAGAUGCACAAAGACAGGAGAAAUCCUCUGCCAGGAACUGUGGGAAAAAAAAAUAAACCAGAGGAAAACUCAGGUUGAGGAGGAACCUGAAGUAACGGCAGAGCCGAGCUGAAUUCUACAAGGCAGAAGCUACAGGAUGCACAGUUGGCCAUUAUUGGAUUUUUUUUCCUUCUCAAAACUGAAAAGAAAGUUAUUGACAUCUACUUGAA